AUGGCGAACGAAUUGGCCGGUGCGGCGCCCACAGAGGCUCAGAAAUACCUCUCUACAAGAGGCGGGGACUAUGGCCUCUCAUUUGAGACCGUUGUUUUGAAGGGUCUCGCUGCAGAUGGCGGUCUUUUCUUGCCUCAUCAGGUUCCAAUUGCUGAAGACUGGCAAAGUUGGAAAGAUCUGUCCUACAAAGAGCUUGCGUUCAAGAUCUUCAGUCUCUAUAUAUCUAGCUCCGAAGUUCCCCCGGAUGAUCUGAAAGCCAUUAUCGAUCGAAGCUACUCGACGUUCCGUUCAGACGAUGUUGUGCCGUUGGUCCAUCUACAGGAUGAUCUAUAUCUUCUCGAGCUUUUCCAUGGCCCGAGCUACUCCUUCAAAGACUGCGCCCUGCAGUUUCUAGGAAAUUUGUUUGAAUACUUCCUCGUGCGAAAGAACAAAGGAAAGGAAGGGAAAGACAGGUAUCAUUUGUCUGUCGUCGGUGCGACGAGCGGUGAUACUGGUUCCGCAGCGAUAUACGGUCUUAAGGGAAAGAAAGAUGUAUCAGUAACCAUCUUACAUCCCGAAGGCCGUGUCAGCCCCAUUCAAGAGGCGCAGAUGACAACCGUUAUAGACAAGAAUGUCCACAACCUUGCCGUCACGGGCACAUUUGAUGAUUGUCAAGACAUCGUCAAGGCUCUAUUUGGCGAUUCGGAUACAAACCAGGCUUUGAAUCUCGGUGCCGUGAACUCAAUAAACUGGUCCCGCGUCUUAGCGCAGACAUGCUAUUAUUUCUAUGCGUACUUCUCCCUUGCUAGAAAGUCGCCCUCGUUCACUGUGGGGGACAAGGUCAGAUUUGUGACUCCCACUGGAAAUUUCGGAAACAUUCUUGCUGGUUAUUUUGCUACCAAGAUGGGUCUUCCAGCAGACAAACUAGUUGUGGCAACGAAUGAAAACGACAUCCUGCACCGGUUCUGGACGACUGGUCGAUAUGAAAAGAACCCUGUUUCGGAUGGUCAAUCUGAGGGUUGCAAAGCAACACUUAGCCCGGCAAUGGAUAUCUUAGUCUCCAGCAACUUUGAGAGACUAUUAUGGUUCUUAUCAAAAGAGCAUGCAAUAUCGACCGGACUGGACGACCAAUCUAGUAACAAGCAAGCCGGCCAACAAAUUUUGUCUUGGUAUCAGUCGUUGAAAUCAACCGGCGGUUUUGGGCCUGUCCACAGCGACCUGUUAGAAAACGGGCGCUUGACCUUUGAAAGUGACCGUGUGAGCGAUUCGCAGACCAUCGAAACUAUCAAGUCUUGCUACCAAGAAACCAAAUAUGUCCUUGAUCCGCACUCGGCGGUAGGUGUCAACGCUGCAAAGAGAUCAAUUGCGCGUACCGCACCGCACGUACAUCACAUCUCGCUCUCAACUGCCCAUCCGGCUAAGUUCCUGGAUGCUGUCACACUGGCUUUGAAGGAUGAACCUGGCUUUGAUUUCGAUAGCCAGGUACUUCCUGAUGAGUUCAAGGCUCUUGCGUCCAAGGAGAAACGGGUGACGUCGGUAGAGAACUCAUGGGAGAAGGUUAGGGAGAUUGUUAAGAUUCAGGUGGAAGAGGACCUAAAGGCUGAGUCCACCUGA